ACCUCGAAAAAAAGUAUAGUCUUGACAGGUCAAGUGCGCUUCUUCGAAAAAGAGGCAUCAAUUCUGUGGAAAAUUAUAGCCUGAUAACUCCUCUUGCUCAAUCAUAUAUCAUUGUAGAUGCCAAUAAUUAUCUAGACUUGUAAUAUCAAGGAAAACAAGGGGGUAAACAGUGUCCACAAUCCCACGAGCGCACCAACUAUUGAAAAAGACAUGCACAAUUUUUCUCUUGUUUCCUCGUAUCUUCCUCUUUCUCCCCGAAAGAAAAUUCAACAGACCGGCCCCACAACUUUUCUAGUAUUCCUCAAGUUAAAUACCUGAUCUCAACCUCAUAAUCCAAACUUCAGAAACAUUUUUCAAAAGCCAUAACCUUAAUUAUAUCCCUCUUAGCUAUGGUUCCAACUCCCCAAAGUGAUCUACCUCUUAAUGAGAAUGACUCACAAGAGAUGGUACUAUACGAAGUCCUCAAUGAAGCUAAUGCUCUUAACGUCCCAUAUUUACCCCAAAGAAACCAACUUCUUCCCAAAAAUGUCCUUCGUCCAUCACAGAUCAUAGGAAAGAAGUACAGAGGCGUAAGACGGAGACCAUGGGGAAAAUACGCUGCCGAAAUUCGUGAUUCGGCUAGACAUGGUGCUAGAGUAUGGCUAGGUACGUUUGAAACAGCAGAAGAAGCUGCGUUAGCUUAUGAUAGAGCAGCUUUUAGAAUGCGUGGUGCUAAGGCACUCCUCAAUUUUCCGUCUGAAGUUGUCACAGCCUCUGCUUCAGUAGAUAGAUUACUACUACGUCCUCCAAGUUUGAGCUCAGAUAGUUAUACUAAUUCCAACAAUUCGAAUUCCGCUUUCAAGUGGGAUGAUUAAUGCAUUUGAAUCAAGAAUUUCAACGGAAUUUUCUCAACAUAUUAAGACAGAAUACAUGGAGAAUUUCUUGGCACUCUGAAUCAAUUGCACGGUCGAUGUUAAGUUGUACUAGGAGUUAUAGUUUGUUGACACCUCGACCAUAAUUUAGACGUGUUAGAUUGUCUCCGUAAUCUAUCUAUCUAGUCGAGUUUUAUUUUCACAUUAUAUACUCGUCUUUCUUAUUAUUUUCUUCCUGAAUUGUUUACAACCGCUUUAAUCGAUCAUGUAUUAAUCUGUAAAAAAGAUUGGUUAAGAUCUAAUUCGCGUGUACAUUUAUAAAUUGUAAUUUGCACA